GCGUUUGUCAUCGUGGAAAAUGAUUGUCGUGAUUGACUUGAAGCACGUUCUACAGAGACAGCAAGCAUUGUAUGUUUUGUGAAGUCCAGCCGCACCUCCACCGACAGUGUGAAACCAGCCACACUGCCACCGCUCAGCUACCAUUUUUGACAAUGGUUGCUGCAUUUAACACCGAAAAACAACUUCCUCAACAAUUGUCAGAACCGGUUGAAGAUGGAGGACAUGCAACUGACCUUGUGAGCCUAUAAAUAGGCUCCAUCCCCGUGGUUUUUCAUCCAAGCCAAGGGGUGCAACCUCAAUAUCACCCAAGUGAGGAGUGUUGAGAGUAGUAUUUAAGACUUCAGAGAGAGCUUGAGAGAAGAGUGAGCAAAUUUUAGAGAGAGUUUGACAGUAAGGGGAGAGAUUCAGGUGAAAAUCCAAGAGAAAAGUUUUUGUAUUUUUGUAAUCUAUUUCCAAGAGAGUAAUAGAAUUACAUUUUUAUUUUUCUUCUCACAUUUCUUCUCUACAGUGGUCAGAAAACCACAACAUGUUUCACCUAUAUAAUAAUAUUUUCGUUGAAAUACAGGCUAAAAGUUAGAGAAGUAAUUAUCAAUACUCCAUGCCAGCAAAAAUCCUUCAUUUCUAACAUGGGUUUCUAUACUUUCUUCCUUCUUCUGUCUUUGUUACAAUCUCCUCUUUUUUAUUUAUCUGCAACAUCUGAUAAUAAUAUCCUUAAACAAGGCUCGUAUUUAUCGGUUGAGAAAAGAAACGAUGUUCUUGUUUCACCAAAUGGUGUUUUCUCAGCUGGUUUUUCCCUUGUUGGGGACAAUGCUUUCUGCUUUGCCAUAAGCUUUAUGAAAUCCUCAGUUCCUACUGUAGUUUGGAUAGCCAACAGAGACCAACCAGUGAAUGGAAUAGGCUCAAAGCUUUCGCUUUUGAGAAAUGGUAAUCUUGUGUUGCUAGAUGCAGGUCGAAUCAACCUUUGGGGCACAGAAACAACUUCCCCGGUGUCUGUUUAUCUACAGCUCCAUGAUAGUGGAAACCUUGUUCUUUAUAAUAUCAGAAAUGAAAGUCUGUGGGAAAGCUUUGAGUCGCCUACUGAUACACUUCUUUCUGAACAAAAAAUAACUAAGGAUGCUAGCCUUCUCUCAUCAAAAAGCCACACCAAUUAUUCUUCUGGUUACUAUACCUUCUAUUUUGACAAUGACAAUGUCCUUCACUUGCUUUACCAAGGUCCAGAUCCACAGAUUUCCAAUGUCUAUUGGCCGGAGCCAAACGAACCGCCUUUUCGAGCUGGUAGAACCACAUACAACAACAGUAAAACUGCCCUGUUCAAUUCGACGGGUUACUUCCAGUCAUCUGACGAUCUGGUAUUCUCAGCAUCAGAUUGUGGUUUGGUCCUCUACAGACGAUUGACACUUGAUCCAGAUGGUAAUCUUCGAUUCUACAGCUUUGAUGAGAAGAAUAAGAUGUGGAUAGUAACAUGGCAAGCAUUUUCCCAACCAUGCAGAAUUCAUGGAAUCUGUGGACCCAACAGUUUAUGUAAAUAUGAUCAUGCUUUGGGUAGGAGAUGUUCGUGCAUGCCAGGAUUCAAGAUGAGGAAAAGCAAUCUCGAUUGGUCAUAUGGAUGUGAACCGGUGGGUUUCAACUACAACUCCUUGGUCAACAAUAGUCAGGAGUCUGGUUUCAUUCAUUUAACUAAUUCUGAAUUCUAUGGCUAUGACAAAGAAUACUUCCAAAAUUAUAGCUUAGAAAGAUGCCAAGAGGAAUGCUUGAAAUCUUCUUCUCAUUGCCAAGCUAUCCAAUUCAAAUAUAGGAAAGAUACUGGUUACUAUGAUUGUUACAUCAAGACACAAUUACUUAAUGGACAGCAACAACCCGGUUUCCAGGGAGAUGUAUAUGUAAGACUGCCAAAAUCCGUCCUUUCUUCCAUUGAGAGUCCCAUGAAUGAACUAAGGCAAGAAUGCCCUCUGCUAUUAAACAGAACUUAUGAAAAAGAAGGUCAAAAUAGGUUCCUGAAGUUUUUGCUUUGGUUUGCAGUUUCACUAGGAGGAGUUGAGUUUACUUGUAUCUCUUUAGUUUUUUGUUUCUUAUUUUGGAACAGGUUAGAACAUGUGGAUAAAGAUAAGCAAGGAUACAUGCUGGCCGCAGCCACCAGAUUUCAGAAAUUUUCAUAUGAUGAAUUGAAGAAGGCAGCGAGAGGAUUUCAUGAAGAAAUUGGAAGAGGUGCAGGAGGUAUUGUAUACAAAGGCAUAUUGCCUGAUCAUCGGGUUGCAGCAAUCAAGCGACUGAUCAAUGAUGGUCAUGGAGGAGAAGCUCAUGAAUUCCAUACAGAAAUGAGCACCAUUGGGAGGCUAAAUCACAUGAACUUGAUAGAGACGUGGGGUUACUGUGCUGAAGGGAAGCAUAGGCUUCUGGUGUACGAGCACUUGGAGAAUGGAUCUUUAGCAAGCAAGCUGGCAGAUUCUAAUGCACUUGAUUGGGAAAAAAGGUUUGGAAUAGCACUAGGUACAGCAAAAGGCUUAGCUUAUUUGCAUGAGGAAUGCUUGGAAUGGGUUUUACAUUGUGAUGUAAAGCCUCAAAACAUACUCUUAGACUCCAAUUAUCGUCCUAAAGUGGCAGAUUUUGGGCUGUCAAAGUUGCAAAACAGAGGAAUGCCAAACAAUUCAAGCUUCUCAAGGAUAAGAGGGACACGAGGCUACAUGGCACCAGAGUGGGUUUACAAUCUCCCGAUUACUUCAAAAGUGGAUGUGUAUAGCUAUGGAAUAGUGGCAUUGGAAAUUGUAACAGGUAAAAAACCAACAGGAAGCCAGUUUUCUGAGAGUGGAAGGAUGACAGAGAACCAUGGGAGAUUGGUGAAAUGGGUGAAGGAGAAGAUGGUUGGGGCUGAUUCAAGUCAAACUCAUUGGAUUGAAGAAAUAGCAGAUUCUAGGAUGGGUGGGAAGUUUGAUAAGGCUCAGUUGGAAAUACUGGUGAAAGUGGCAUUGCAAUGCGUGGAAGAAGACAAGGAAGCCAGGCCCACCAUGCGUCAGGUUGUAGAGAUGCUUCAGUGCCAUGAGGAGGAGAAAUUUUUCGAUACUCCAAAAGUACCGGAUCCUUCUUGUGAGUCUGGACUACUGUACUUUGACAAUACUGAAAUUCUUUUAGAUGAAUAAGGACAUUCAUUCCUUGACAUACUAAUUAGGAAACUUAGUGUCAAUUUUAUUUAAUCCUAAACUUUUGAUCUGUCAAUUUUCCUUUUUUCAAUUGUGUUAUGUCAAAUGUGUUGCUGCUUCACCACCCAUAUUUGGAACUCAUGUUUAUUCUUUCUGCUUCUAAGUUCUAACCCUUUUGUAUCACUUUUAGUGUCACUAUGUAUGCAUAUACUAGUAAAACAUAUAAAUAAAUCUAUUCAUCAAGGUAUAAUUCGUCUUGUAUUUAAG